CGAGGGAGCUUCUUGCGUAGAGUCACUGACAGAGGGAGCAAGUAUUUUUCUUCAGAAUCGUUUGUAAUAAUUGAGGUUAUAGUUAGCAUAAAUUGUGCUUGAAUAAGUUUUUUAUUUAUAUUCUAUUUAAGAAAUUGCAGAUAUCUAUCAUGGCUGCGACAAUGCCAAUAAAUCCCAAACCAUUUUUAAAUGGUUUGACAGGAAAACCAGUCAUGGUGAAAUUAAAAUGGGGCCAUGAAUACAAGGGUUAUCUGGUUUCCGUGGAUGGAUAUAUGAAUUUGCAACUUGCAAACACUGAAGAACAUAUUGAUGGCAGCUGUACUGGAAAUCUUGGGGAAGUUUUAAUCAGAUGUAAUAAUGUCAUGUAUAUAAGAGGAGUGGAGGAAUCAGAUGAAGAGGGUGAAAUGAAAGACUAAAUAAAAUAUGUUAAACUUAA